AUGUCUACUUUCUACCUACCAGAUAUCCAGCCCUCAGCUAUAAAUACCGUAAUGGACAAAGAAAAGGACCAGACUUUGUUCGGAGGCAGUCGCUCAUGGAGAGCCGAAGACUGGACGGCAAGCGACGAUCGCUCUUUCCUCGAAUGUCACAGCAGCACAGGGCGAUUUCACGGCAACCUCGACAUCAAAACCCUAGGUGGCGCUGGAUUUGCAAGCCAACGAACCACGGGCGAGGAUGGAUGCUGGGACUUGUCUGGAUAUGCAGGAAUCGUGCUCGACAUUGCAGAAGCGGACGAUAAACGAUACACGUUCAUCCUCAAGGACGAACUGCUUCCCCGCAAUCCAGACAAUGGACGUGAACAAGCCACUAUUUCCUGGGAGUACGACUUCAAGCCUUGUUUCGGGGAGAGCGGUCUUGAGAAAGGCGGCCUUGUAUUCAUUCCAUGGUCUGGCCUGAAGCCAACCUAUCGCGGCAAAGAAAAGGAGCAUAUGGAUCCCAUCAAUCUAAGGACCAUCAAGAGGAUUAGCGUUAUGAUGAGAAGCUUCUUUGGCGAGCAAGAGGGACCAUUUUCUCUGACCUUGCGUUCCAUAUCUGCUACUGCAACCUCACCGGUCGAGCCCAGCAGAACCGAACAAGGUUACGCGACCUCCGCAGCAAGCAGCACUAGUCGAUGGACACGCUAUACCCAAUCACUCAAGGUGAGUCCAUGCAAACGAGACGUGUCUGUCGAGUGGUGGUUAACUCCCGCAGCUUGCAUUAUCGCCGUGGCGCAUCUGCGGACUCGCUUUGCUCGCGAGCGCACUUUACUACCUACAAGGGAGCAUUUCGCGAGCAGCCUGAUUGUGAAUCCGAGAGUCUCGGAGACGAAGCAACAAAGGGUCGCACUGAGCGGUGAAUGGUCCUAA